AUGCGCAACUUCUUCAUCGAGAAGAUCUCCCCCCCGUCUGUCAAGCUCGAUACUCCCAAAUACAAGCCGUAUGGCGCUUUCGAGUGGAAGUUCCCCGAGGGAGCGAAGAAGCGGUGGACCAAGCCCUUGGGCAAGAAUCUUUGCAUCUUCGACCUGGACAGCCGGCCUUUCGACGAACCGGGUCAGAUUUUCGGCAGGAAGGUCCUGACUUGGGAGAAGCCUGAGGAGAUUCAUGGCUUGUCGCUUGGUGUUUUGCAGCACUGGCUCUUUGCCAAGAUCCACGGGUAUAAAUACUACUACGUCAAGACGGGCGAUUUCCAGGACCGACGCGCUUCGUGGAAGAAGCCGUUCAUCAUCCGAAAGAUGCUGGAGAAGCACGAGACGUGUGUGUACAUGGACUCGGACGCCAUCUUCAACCACAUGGACCUCCCCGUAGAGUGGCUCCUAAACUACUGGGAUAUCGACGCCAAGAAGGACCUGGUCUCUCUCUCGAUCGACCCCAAGGCCGAGCAUAACAGGGAUAAGAAGGGCAAGCUGUACGACAACACGGGUUUCGUCAUCGCGCAGAACCACCCCGUGACUUUCAACAUGAUGGACGACUGGGCCGUGUGCGCCGACGACGGCGGCAAGCACCCGGACUGCGUCGACUACCGCACCGUGGCGUUCGGUCGGCCGUCGGACCAGGGCGGCUUCGGCAACUUCAUCCGGUACGACUACAAGGACAGUGUCAAGGAGCUGCCGUGCUCCGAGGCGAACGGGUUCCCCGAGGACCGUUCGGAAUGCGUAGGCACCUUCGUCAAGCACCUCUGGUCGGGCAAGAGUGAUUUGAUCAAGAUCGCCAUCGGCCAGCAGAUCCCCGGCGCCUUCCUCGAGGCGUUCCACAGGCAGAUCCUUGCGGAGAAGGACGAGUUCUACUGGACGGAAGACGAGCUGAACAGCGAGAAGUGGGAGAAUGCCCCAUCGUGGCUGGGAGCCGACCAGAAGAAGUCGUCUUGA